AUGAUUUUUGAUGGAGAGGCUCCUGAAACUGAUGAUGAAGAAGAAAUUGAUGAAAAAGCUGAAGUAGAAAAGAAUUUGAGCAAGUGAGUUUUUUUGUCCGCGCGUUCCCUAUUUGUUUGUUUCUUUCUUUUUGGGAGACGACUGACAGGGUGCUGUGUAAAUAAAGAGAAUGCAAAAAAGUGCAUCUCCGCGUUAGGGUGAUGCGAAAUUGUUGAAUAACCAGGAUGACUUACAGGGGGAAUGAUUUAUGAUUGGAAAAUUUACAUUUCAGAUGUUCCUUUAAUAUUUUCAUAGAGUUACGGUAGCUCAGAAAACAAGAUUUAUUGAAAUUUUGAAACCUUAAAGUUUUUGAUCACAAAAAAUUUCACUUUUUUCUUCAGAAAACCAAUUGUAAUUGACAAAACAUUACAAAAGCAUUGGAAUAUUAUUGGAAAUGAUCUAAUAAAUUUCUCAAGUCGAAGAUGCGCCAAUUCGAAUAAACAAAUUCAGAAAAUUAGUGAACAAGCUGCGAAUUGUUUUACUAAUAUUAUCAACGUCAAAAUGGCUGGCACCAAAACGAGAAAAUAA